GCAAAUUCAGAAUGAAGAAAUGGAAGAGACCUUCACUGUUUUCAAAAGGAAGAUAAACUAUAUAAACCAAGAAAAAUUAGAGAUAGAAGUAGAAAUAAUCUCUACUUUCAUGGAAGCCCAAAAAGCUUAUGAGAAAAUAAACUGUGAUUGGAGAGAGUUGAAACCUGCAAGUGAAACUCCUCUUCCAGAAGAAGUUCCCAAAUGGUCAUCGAAAUGUUUGAAAGACAGCUCUACACACCUAUACCCUAUAUCUCUGCUGUGGUAUCCCGAACCUCCUUUGUGCCUAACACAUCACACAUCAUGUCCUAUUAAAAAUAUACAAAAGUAA